GUGGGAUCGAAUGAUAGAUGAGGUAAAGAGCAUUAUACAUCGCCACGAGGGCUUACAAGAAUAUGAUAUUUCACCAUUUCAUAUGGUGGUGGACGGGAUUUUAACAGAUCGUUGGAGUAAAAGUAGCACACCGCUUCACUCUUUGGCACAUUCAUUGAACCCAAGGUAUUAUAGUCGUCAGUGGCUUGAUGAACGUCCAGGGCGUGUUCCACCACAUAGAGAUCUUUUGAUUGCAGGUCAAAGAUUGAAGUGUUUCGAGAGGUAUUACGAUGCGGAUGAGUUAAGAGAAGUUAACAUUGAGUAUGCUAAGUUUUCAUCUUGCCGUGAAGAAUUUGCAAAUGCAAAUACCAUAAAUGAUAGAUGGAGUAUGAAUCCUUAUGUGUGGUGGGUUACUUAUGGGGUGUAUGCUCCUUUACUUCAGCAAAAAGCACUCAUGUUGCUUGGCCAACCUUGUUCAUCUUCUUGUAGUGAGAGAAACUGGAGUACGUAUAGUUUCAUAAAUUCUGUGAAGAGAAAUAAAAUUACUCCACAAAGAGGUGAAGAUUUGGUAUUUGUUCAUACUAAUCUUCGUCUCUUAUCAAGACGAAGCCCAGAAUACUUGCUAGGGGAUACAAGAAUGUGGGACAUUGGAGGUGAUUCUUUUGAUACUAUGGAGGGUACUGUUGGUGUACUUGAAGUUGCUGAUCUUUCUCUUAAUGAGCCAGAGAUGGAACGCAUGAUAUUGGAUGAUAAUGAAGCUAAUGUGGAGGAGCUAUACCCCCUGAUUUGACUGUUGACGUUAUUUUUUGGUGACCAGCUGGAUCCUGGAUGUAGCGGCAUUCACAUCAUACUU